CCCGGCUUUGGCCCCGCCGUGCUCACCUGUGUCAUCUGCCCUGUCCCCAGUCACCGGCCUUGUGCCCCAUUACUCCCAGUCCUGCGGUCACCAGCCUUUUGCCACUUUCGGUGUCCCUCGUCCCCGGUCCUGGCCUUCGUUUAUUUUCUCGGGCCUGGUCCCGGUCGUGGGCCUCGCCCUGCCUUGUCCUACUUUAACUGGCCUUUGCUACCUUCACGGGCUUUGUUCACUGUCACCGUCUUUUCUCCUGCAAUGUCUACACUUGUACAGCCUUUGGUGGCUUUAUCUGGCCAGUGAUAGCCUUGGCUCUCUCCUGAAGCCACACGACAGCCACUGGGCAGCAGGAGCCCCUUCUCAGAAGAAAGUUAGCCCUGACCUGAAGUCCUGUGGCAGCAAGGUCAAAGACAGGGUGAGGUGCUAAAACUUGGACCUGCCAGUUUGGGCAGCCCAGACCUGUUUGCCUGCCUUGGUGCUCACAUGUCUCUCUGGGCCCUGGAGCAUUAGGGAAGGUGUCAAAGGCCCCCCACCUGAAAGGUAUAAAGAUGGGGCUGCCCCCCCACCUUGCAGGUUGUAUCUGGCCUAGUAGUACUCAGGUGCUUGCUGUCUGGCGCCCCUGGAGAAUGUGAGGUGGUGCAACAUUACCGUCUGGGUGCUUCAAGAGGGUGUGUGGUGGGGCAGUGCUACUUGUACACACACACAGGGACACACACACAUCCCCCCUCCCCCUGCACAUGCUCAGUGCAAUGGAAUUCUCGGCUGGGCAGUUGGUGGGGCUGGCUAGGACUGCCAUGUCUGGAACCCCAGACCAUCAGUCUCUCCCUGGGGUUGGGGGUGAGGAGGCCUGGGUUGAGAGCAGCCACUGGUGGGUUUCAGGACCGUCUGGGCAGAAUGUCACGAUGGAUGAGGGGGGCAUGCCCCUGCUCCCCGACAGCCUGGUCUACCAGAUCUUCCUGAGCUUGGGCCCUGCAGAUGUGCUGGCUGCUGGGCUGGUGUGCCGCCAGUGGCAGGCUGUCUCCCGGGACGAGUUCCUAUGGAGGGAGCAGUUCUACCGCUACUACCAGGUGGCUCGAGAUGUGCCCCGCCACCCAGCGGCCACAUCCUGGUAUGAGGAGUUCCGGCGGCUCUAUGACAUGGUGCCCUGUGUGGAGGUGCAGACACUGAAGGAGCACACCGACCAGGUCCUGCACCUCAGCUUCUCCCACUCGGGGUACCAGUUUGCCUCCUGCUCCAAGGACUGCACAGUGAAGAUCUGGAACAAUGACCUGACCAUCUCUCUGCUGCACAGUGCAGAUAUGAGGCCAUACAACUGGAGUUACACCCAGUUCUCCCAGUUCAACCAGGAUGACUCACUGUUGCUGGCCUCGGGGGUGUUCCUGGGGCCACAUAACUCCUCCUCAGGCGAGAUAGCUGUCAUCAGCUUAGACUCCUUCGCCCUGCUGUCGCGUGUGCGAAACAAGCCCUAUGAUGUGUUUGGCUGCUGGCUCACAGAAACCAGCCUCAUCUCGGGGAACCUGCACCGCAUUGGAGAUGUCACCUCCUGCUCAGUGCUGUGGCUCAACAAUGCCUUCCAGGAUGUGGAGUCAGAGAACGUCAACGUGGUAAAGCGGCUCUUUAAGAUCCAGAACCUCAAUGCCAGCACCAUCCGCACCGUGAUGGUGGCUGACUGCAGCCGCUUUGAUAGCCCGGACCUCCUGCUGGAUGCUGGUGACCAGGCUGGGCUCCCCUGCCGAGUCUUUGACCUAGGUGGGGACACUGAAGAAGAGGCCACUGACCCAGGUUUGCACACCUCUGGUUCUGGCCAUGUCAAGGAAGGUUUACGGCGUGUGUUUGAUAGCGUCCUGGAUGGACAUGGACAGCUGUCAGAUUGUGCACUGGAGACCAAGGUGGCUGAGCUGCUGGCCCAGGGCCACACCAAGCCCCCAGAGUGUCCUGACGCUGACAGCAGGAACAAGUACCUCAUCUUCACCACUGGCUGCCUCACGUACUCACCUCAUCAGAUCGGCAUCAAGCAGAUCCUGCCGCACCAGAUGACAACUGCAGGGCCCGUGCUGGGCGAGGGCCGGGGCUCUGAUGCCUUCUUUGAUGCCCUGGACCAUGUCAUUGAUGUGCAUGGGCACAUCAUUGGCAUGGGCCUGUCUCCCGAUAACAGGUACCUGUAUGUGAAUAGCCGUGCCUGGCCCCCUGGCUCAGUGGUAGCCGACCCCAUGCAGCCACCGCCCAUUGCAGAGGAGAUUGACUUGCUGGUGUUUGAUCUGAAGACCAUGCGGGAGGUGAAGCGAGCUCUGCGAGCACACCGUGCCUACACGCCCAAUGACGAGUGCUUCUUCAUCUUCCUGGACGUCAGCAGGGAUUUUGUGGCCAGUGGGGCUGAAGAUCGGCAUGGCUAUAUCUGGGACCGCCACUACAACAUCUGCCUCGCCAAGCUGCGGCAUGAGGAUGUGGUCAACUCAGUGGCCUUUAGCCCCCAGGAGCAGGAGCUCUUGUUGACAGCCAGCGAUGAUGCCACUAUCAAAGCCUGGCGCUCACCACGCAUUGUUCGUGUCCUGCAGGCUCCACACCCACGCCCACGCCCCUUCUUCUCCUGGUUUGCCAGCCAUAGGCGCUGAAGGCUUCGGUGAUUUGAGCCAUUGGAACCUCCUGGGGAAAAUGGCCCCUGUGGUUCCUUACUGCCCUGGGACAGAGUAGCUUAUAGCAGUAACGCCUUAGGAGGGGCAGCCUGACCCCAACACACAACCUGCUCACUCAGCCGCAGGCUUAGCACUAGGGUAGGCCUUGUUGGCAGCACCAGAGACCCCAUGUUAGCCUCUUGGCCACCGUGGGGUACACGGGACACUGGAAACCCUGUUCUUCACCUACCCUCUUCCCUUGGGUUGGCCAGCUCACAUAGCCCCAAGCUGACCUCUGCCUGGUACCUUUCAUACUCAGCCAAACCCACACCCUUGGUGUCUUGAGUGUACCCUGGGUGGCAGGCCACAGGCACUGGUCUCUGAUAAUUCGGGUCUUGCUACUGAUGGAGUGGCCUGCAGUGGACCAUGGGUGCUGCAUGCUGCACUCAUGAACUGUUUGGGCCUGAAUAAACAGUUGGCAACAGCA